AUGGCCUAUCCAAUUACCCCAUCAAUUUCUAUUGUUGUUUCCAAUUGCUCCAUUUCAAAUCUAAUGGAUAAUCGCCAGCCACAAGAUGAGGGGAAACUAUCGGGUUUAGACUUACAACCCGUCGCAGACGAGAUACUAUCGUUUCCUUUCGCAACAACUGAUCAUCGUCAAGAAAGACCAGGAAUAACAAUAUUCGAUGAAAAUGAAUUAGACGAUAUAAAAAUUUAG